UUUCGUCGUGGCAUGGAGGCAAAGUUGAAAGAAUAUGGAUGGUUUCUCUCCUCCGAAGGGAUUGCAGAGUGUGAAAGGGUUUGUAACAAAGAGAAGCCAUCUUUCCAGGAACUCUUAAAGGCAGCCCGUAAUCUGGACUUGAAACAAUAUGGAGUGAAACAUCUUCCUGAUGACAUUAACAGAGGAAAAGUGCAAUCAGUCAAUGGACCUAUGGUCCUGCAAGUACAAAAACUAAGAAAUGUCUCUGCUCCAAAAUCUAAUGAAGAAUCAAACCAUUCACCAAGAUUCUUGAAGGUUCAGCUAACAGAUGGCCAUUUGACUUGUUAUGGAUUAGAAAUUGCUUCCAUUCCUGACUUCAGCUUAUCAGUUCCCCCUGGGACCAAGGUGUGCUUAUCAGGCACCAUUACUGUCCAGGAGAGCUUUCUGAUGUUGAAUGCUAACAACACAAGGGUCUUAGGAGGAGAGGUGGAGAAACUGAAGGAAAAGUGGGAGCUAAAUAAGACCUUGGCUAAGCACUCUCGCAUGACUGUAAGUGGAGAUGGGCCUCCUCCAUUUGUCCCCUUUGAUCAAGGAACCCAACCAGGAAGUGAGAACAGAGGAAGAUCAGCAGAGAACACCAAAGCAGUAAAUGGUGUGGUACAAAAUAGCAACGAGAAAUCGAGAAGUUCACAAAUCAAGGAUGGUUCUGGUUUACCACCAAGAUCCAAAACAUCAGAACCUGGACAACAUAACAAGCCUGUCAAUCAAGAGCAAAGGGAAGGUUCAGCAAAAAACUUUGCACACAACUCCAGGGAUGAUCGAGCAGAAAACAAAAGGCCAAACACUGAAAAAACAAAUGAAAAAUAUGCAUCUGAAGGUAAAACAAAUUCAAGUAAUCCUAAAGACAGAGAUAUGAGAUCUCAUAAUUCAGAACCACACAAUAAUGAGAGAGCCAGAGAAGGAAAUCAAGGAAGUGAUGACAGACAAAACAACAGAAUGGAUCGUAGUGAGAGGAUGGAAAGAGCAGUUGCAAGAGGGCAGCCUCUAAGACCACAGGAUACAAACAGAGGUGGCACAAGACCACGAGGCCGUGGAGGAAAACGAGAGCCAGCAGGCAGGGGAAGGCAGGAAGGUGAAAGUACUGAUGAUGUAGAAGACUACAGAGUCAGGCAACCCUCUGAGCCAGAAUUGUGGGACUUCCUCUCAACAAAAUUGCCAAAUGUUAAAGAUUCCACAAAUCCAAGGCUACAAAAAUAUAAUGAAAACAAAAAAACAAAUGAAGUUCACCAGGAGAGCCCUCCCCCAAGACCACCACCCCAACAAGAAAAUGAUACGGAAAAGCCUAAGCAACAAAAGCAAGAUUCAAGAGCUGAAAAAGUGGAGAAUGUUCCUCCUGCAAGCAAAGAGCAAACUGAUGUACAGCGUGACCAUACUACCCCCAGAGAGAUCGAGAAGUCAAAACAAGAAUCCUCACCCCAGAGCAGAGAUGGAAGACAACAGUCCAGACAACAACGGGAACCUUACUACAAGCAACAGCAGAAUCCUGGGCAGGCAAAAGGAAAAGGCUCUAGAAGGCAUGAUCAUGAUUCCAGGCCAUACAACCAAAGUUUACCACCUCGACUGCAAAGGAAACAGCAGCAACAACAACAGCAAAGACAGCAACAACAACAGCAUCAUCAUCAUCAUCAUCAACAUUAUCAACAGCACGGUCAUAAACAAGAGACAGAUGUGAAUAGUGAUGGUAUUGAAGUUGAGUAUGCUGCUGCAGGCAGCCCACCUUCUGUGGCACAGGAAGAUGAUGCCAUUGUAAGGUUUAGUGCAGCAACUGUUAACCCUGAAUUUGUCGAGGACUCUCCAAGCCACCAUCAACAAACAGUUCAGUUUCGUGACCAGCAGGGUGGUUCAUACACCAGUCAGCCAUAUGCUGCACAAGGCAAGUGGCAAAAAAACUAUCGCCAAGGAUCUGAGCAGCUGAGACCCCCAAAUUUCACCCCUCCUAAUGUACAACAACAGCAACAGCAGCACAUUGAGUUUGUUACCAUGGCAAUGGAGUCACAGCGGGCACAGGCUCAGUUUGUUGUCAAUCAACCUCAACAGUUUGUGGAGCAGGGUGGAAGGGAACAGGCUGAGAUUGGUGUACCACAGGAAUACCAGUAUACUCAACAGGCACAGCCCCCAGUUCAGGCAUAUCCUGUGUACCAGUUGCGGCCACCUCAGAUGACCCACCAGGCGAUGGCACCUCAGCCAGCCAUGCCGCAGCAGCCAGUAGCUACACAAAUGCCAGCGCAACAGGUGGGUUGGAAGAAGGGUGACCACUGUUUGGCUCCGUGGAGAGAUGGACAGUAUUACAGUGCCAAGAUGGAGGAACUGAUGGGUGAUGGUGUCAAUUGUGUGGUUUCUUUCUUGGAUUUUCACAAUAGUUGUGAUGUUGUACCUCUCUCAUCUCUAAGGCCUUUUCCAAUAAUUGCCUGGGGAGAAAGUAGUAACACACAGCCUCCACCAGCAAGUGCCGUGGCCACAGUGCCAUACUACACACAGGGGGCACCAGUUGGCAUAGUGACCAGACCCCAGGUAAUGAUCCCGGUGACAGGUCAGCCCCCUUUCCAUGCUGGGACCCGACCCACCAUUGUCCAUUCUACCCCUGUCCCUGCUCAGGUACAAUGGCAGCCUGCUCAGGUCCAGUACCAAGACAUUAGACAAGCAGCUUUCCAGCCAAUAGUGCAUUAUGGGGCUGUGCCUCAGUCAACCACAGGGGCACCUGCUCAGGCAGGUUAUGGUGUAGCUACAGCAACUGGGGUACAUUUUGUCAGGGGUGUAAAGGACACACAAGGACAAGAUGUGUACAACAGCAUUCCAGAGGCAGGCAGAGGAAGGUCAAGUCCAAAUUCAAGUGGUUAUUCCAAACCAAGACGGCCAAAUAGAGCUACACAAAAUUACUAUAUUCCACCCAGACAACAGAAAUUCAAAGACAAAGGGUAGUCAGACCAUGAAAUCUUGCAAAGCACUUAUUGGGCCUCAAGGACUGUUAGUUUGAAGUGGAUAAUGUCAUCCGGGGGAUGCAGUUCCCUGUAGUGGAUAGCUUUGUAGUAUCUUUUCUGGCUGGCAAUGUAUUCUGUGAGUAACAUUUUCCACUGUUCAAGCAACUGGGGUGUAGAAAUAAUCUCUAAUAUGAAAAUUUAAUUAAUAUUUAGUAAAAUAAAAUAACAUUUUCUCGCUUUA